AAUUAAAAUAUUUUUUUUUUUUAAAUUACGAUAAACUUCGUGGAAGAAGAUAUCUAUAAAAUUGUUCUAAAAUAUCUCCUAACAGCAUUAAAUAAAAAUCUAAGACUAACAACAUCUAUGAGAUUUCGCUGAUUUGUCAUUAAAUAUUAUUAGAUAUUUUCUAAGAAUUUAUGGAUGUAUUUUAAGAGGGCGAAUAGUUGCUAUAUUUUUUUUCAAACAAAACUUUAAAAAACGUUUCUUAGUUACCCAGAAACACUUUGCUGUUUAAAUUUGUUAAUAUUGCACAAGUAAAAAUUCAUGCAGAUAACACAUGGCAAAAUGAAUUGUAAUAAAGACAAAAUUGUAAGUCUCUACUAAAACAAGAACGGAUGAAAUCGUUGCUAAAAAAAUAUUCAGACACAUUCAAUAUCAGUAUCAAGUAAUAUAUAUGAACAGGAUUUUUGUUUAUUAAGAUUUUAGAUAAUUUAAAUUCAACAAAAACAUCAGUUAAUAUAUUUUGACUGUAUUACACUCAAAGAAAUGUAAAUCGAAGUAACAGUUUGUAUUUAUAUUAUAUUUGUAUUAAUUCAUGAAGAUAAUGUGCGUGAAAGUCUGAAGAGCAUGUCUAGUCACGCAGCUCGUGGUCGGUAUAAACCACGACCUUCACCACCUCUUCUAAGCCUUGGGUAACGCCUCCACCACGAGCGGGAUCAACUUGACUAUUCGUAUUAUUAAAUAUACGGCAGUUAACCAUCAGUCUAACAGCAUCAAUUUGUACGUUAAGAUAUAUUUCGGAAAUCAACAUAAGCUGUAUCAGACCGAGUAAAGAUCUUGACAUGAAUGUCACGUUUGAUUAGGUCCAUUUAAAUAAUUAGUGAAUUAAGAGACAAUUGUACGUGGUGAUUAUUAUUUGAUUGGUUAUUGUGAAGAUGAGUGAAAUAAAAUAUAACAAGAAUACAUGUCUCAUAUUGAAAAGAAGAAAAAUGAGAUAAAAUUAUUCUUGAAAAAACUAUCCUACUAAUUGUGUGCAGUGAUAUUUAUUGGUGAUUAAAUAAAUAAAAUUAAUAAAAAUGGAUUAUUGUACAUAGGUCGGAAGGAGAUAAAGUAAUCAAAAACUGACAUAUUAAUCAACUAGUGCGAAAGAACGUUAAAAACAUUAUUUUAGUAUUUUUAUAUUAUAGACUUGGUUUUUUUGUUUGACAUACAAUAGAAGUAAUGAGAAUUUAAAACACCAUACUUAGUGAUAAAAAAAUUAUUUCAUUUGUGAUAUUUAUACAUUUGCUAAAUUAAUCAACAAAACUAUUAAUAUGAUGAAUAAUCAAAACUUUUAUACCGUACAGUGGAUUUUCAUCACUUUUGUUUGUUUAAUUCCAUUUAUUAAUCUCCUAUUUUCUAAAGUAGAUUAAAACUUUGAAAGUCAGAAAGAAGAAUAGAAAGAUUAUAGAUAAUAAAACUGAGUUUCAUUCAAGAAUCUCAUAAAUCCAUAAGUAAUAAAAAUGCCUUCUUUAUUUUGUGCAUUACUCGUGUAUGUAUUUUGUCUAUAGAAUCUAUAGUCAAAGUAUAAAAAGAAGAGUGAAAAAAAUUCAUAAUUAAAAUUCUAAUCAAUAAAAAAAAAACAACAACCCCAAGUAGUUUAAAAAGAUGCCGAUUAUGUUCAUAAGUCAAUUGAUAAAAUAUGGGUUAGACUUUCAAAAUUGUUUUAAGUCUUAUGAUCAGACAAUCAAAUAACAAUGUUAUAUUAAGUACAUAAGUCUUGAGGUUUGUAAAAAAGAAUAAAACUGAAUAAAAAUAUUUCUUAAAAAUAUUCCCUAAAAUAACAACAACUGUAUAAAUAAUAAAAAAACGUCAUGAGAUCGAAAUGGAGACGACAACAAGUUCUUGUUUAAAACAAAAUGAUUUAAAUGAUCAUUUGAAUACAUCACUACAAUUAACUUCAGCAGAACUUGAUAUUCCCUAUGCAGUUGCUGAAAUAAUUGUGGCUAUUUGUGCAAUUUUGGGCAAUGGAUUGGUCAUCAUUGUGUUUAGUAAAGAAAAAAAGUUAAGAAGAAGAACAAAUUACUAUAUUAUAUCACUAGCAACAGCAGAUUUACUUGUUGGAUUAUUUGCAAUUCCAUUUGCGAUACUUGCAAGUAUUGGACUGCCAACAAAUUUUCACGCUUGUCUUUUUACCGUAUCUGUAUUGAUAGUCUUAUGUACGAUCAGUAUAUUUUGCUUAGUGGCAGUAUCUGUUGAUCGCUAUUGGGCCAUUCUCUAUCCCAUGGGAUACUCACGAAAUGUUCGAACUAAGACUGCUAUCGGGAUUAUUUGCGUAUGUUGGAUUGCCGGAACACUUGUAGGAUUUCUACCUCUGUUAGGAUGGAAUGCAGGAUAUAAAUCUGAGCAAAAAUGUAUAUUCGUCAAAGUCAUGGAUUAUGAUUACCUGGUAUUCUUAUAUUUUGCCACAAUAAUUUUCCCAGCACUUCUGAUUGCUGCAUUUUAUGCUCACAUUUAUCGCAUCGUAUUAAAACAGUUGCAACAGAUGAUUACAAUAAAUCCUGGUAAAAGAAAAAAGGAAAAGAAUCAAACAAGUGGAACCAUGCUUCGACUUUUAGGUGCUGCGAAAAAACGUGAAGUAAAAGCAACACAAAAUCUUUCUCGUAUCGUUCUUUUUUUCAUUAUCUGCUGGUUUCCAUUAUAUACAAUAAAUUGUGUUCAAGCUUUUUGCCCAAAUUGUGAUGUGAAUGAGGUAGUGUUGAAUUUUUGUAUUAUUUUGUCACAUUUAAAUUCUGUAGGAAACCCUUUAUUGUAUGCAUAUCAUCUACGAGAUUUUAGAGCAGCGUUGAAAAGUUUUAUCCAUCGGGUAAUACUCAGAAGAAAAGAAAAACCAAAAGUCUCAAAUAUUAUAGCACGUCGAAAUUAUUCUGUUGGUAAUCAAAAGUAUGUUAGGCACAGUUUAGAUCCAUCUCAAGUCAUUAACAAUCCUAGGAUAAAUUUAAUCAGGAGUGCUACUGAUCCUUCUAUUCAAACCAGGAGAAUGGAUUCAAUCCCAGUAAGUAUUAUUCGUAGCCCAAUCAUUUCGCCGGUUUCAACACCAGCUUACAAAAAAGAUGCUGAGGUAUUUUGGAGUACAAAUUUCAGUCCCAAUAGUAACGAUCUUAGCCAUCAUAAUAGAAGUCAACCAAAAAAUAAUCCAAGUGUAUUAAAAUCUCCCGAUAUAUCAAAGACAUUGCAAUUAUCUGCAAUCGAAUUACAAAUAUACAAUUUAACAAAUGUUGUUAAAUAUGCUAAUGAUAGUAAUGAUGAUGUAAUUUUUAAUCAAAAUCAUCCUACCUCCAUUAUUCCAGUUGACAUUUCCAAUUUGACGUCAUCCAAAAAUAAUUUAUCAGAAAAUUCGGUGAACGUUAUUAUAGAAAAUUCGUCUCAUCAGUAAGAAGUUGAUUAAUUGAUUAAUUUAUUAGUAUUAACAUUACUUCUAAAUAAAUUUAAGGCAUUUAUUGAUGGCGAGAAUCGCGGGACUGAUGAUACUAGUCUUAAAAAAUAAUUUUUUUUAAAUUCAAAAUAAAUCCUUUUUAUUGACACUUUAGUUAGCAGAUAGGUGAUAAUUAUAGAUAUGACUUUGUAAAUUGCUUUAAAUAUAAAUAAGUAAACACCUACACUUUAAUGAGUUUUUAAUUGGAUUCAUCAUGUGAUUAAA